AUGUUAUCCUCUGGCAAACAACCAUCUCCCAAGACAAGGACAGGUAGGAAGUCAGCUCCUUUCUUGUCAGAGAUCAGACUGGUUCUUCUCGGGAAGACUGGCAGCGGGAAAAGCGCCACCGGCAACUCCAUUUUGGGUCGUAAACUUUUUGAUGCAAAGGUCAGCAGCUCUUCGGUCACCCAGCGUUCUCGGAGGGCCUGUGGAGAAAUCAGCAGAAGGCACCUAGUGCUUUUGGAUACUCCGGGAAUUCUGGACACUACACAAAUGGCACAGGAGGUGCAGAAAGAGUUGAGGAAGAGUGUUAGUCUUCUCUUCCCAGGGCCACAUGUCUUUCUUAUAAUUAUCCAGAUAUCACGGUUCACUCAGGAAGAGAAAGAGGCAGUACGGCAGUUCAAACAGGCCCUUGGUUCUCAUGCUUUACAGUUGUCUAUUGUGGUUUUUACCCAUGGAGACUGCAUGGAAGAGGGAGUUUCUGUGAGGCAGUGUAUGAUAGACAUGUGCCCAGACCUGGAGGAAUUGUUGACAGAAUGUGGGGGGAGAUACUGUGUCUUCAACAACCAGAGCUCUAGAAGCAAGGAGCAGACAUCUGAGCUGCUUGCCAUCAUUGACCGCAUGAUGCAGGAAAAUGGAGGAACCUGCUACACCAGCAAGAUGCUUCAGAGAGCAGAAGAAGAUCUAGCCCGCAUACAGCGGGAGGAGAGGCAGUUGUUAAGACUCAAAGAGAAGCAAUUAAAAAAGAACUAUGAGGCAGCAAUGAAAGUGAGGUUUGAAAGAGAGCUGGAGAAGCUUCAGAAAAAAAGGGAAAUGGAGAACCUUGGCACAAAGAAGGAGAAGUUGAGAGUUUUUGCGGAAAAAGAGUUUGAAGAGUUUGAGAGACAGAUGAGGCUCCAUCAGGAGGAGGACAACACAGGAGAAGCUUUUCAAGAGAAGGUUGAAGGUCGGGCGACCCAAAUGGAAAAACAACAAACGGACAAGAUAAAAAUAGAAUUCCUCAUGCAGCAGCUCCAACUCUUCAAGUUGAUGACUGAUGAGUAUAAACGCAGAGAAGUCAGCCUCAAGAGGCAGUUGAAACGACAGGGGAGAGAACCUCAAUCUAUGUUUGUUGCACAACUGAGCAACAAAACCAUCAAGAAGAAACGUGGGGAUUCACUGCACAGCACUGCAAAGUAUGUGACUGGAUUCAUGCAUGAGAUGGGACAGAUUGGGCUCAAUGCAUCUUUCCAGCACGUGGGGACUGCUUGUUGUAUACAGUAACACCUUUUCCUCAAUAGGUCAUUAUUCAGUAACUUCAACAACAACAAAUAAAACCUUAACUCAUUUUCUGCCAUGAUGUGAAUGAGCAUCCAAUCCUAGGAAUGGGUUGGACAAGGGCAUUUAGUUCAAAUAAAUUGGACAUCUAUUGCCGUUAAACUAUUACACAUACUGCGCGGGCCAGAAGUCUGGACAGAUGAAUUGGUGUACAUUUAAAGUGUACCAGCCAGCUACGUGAAAAAACAAGUUAAAAAUGAACUACAACCACCUGGAUUCCUCCAUUGGCAAACUCGGAACCUACAGGCAACAAUAAAGCUGCAAAUAGUAAAUAUAAUUAAUCAGCCCUGAGACAAAAAAUGUACAACUAGAUAUCCAAGGAUCGAUGCGUAUACACUCUUAGAAUAUAACUACUAAAAUUCAUUCUGAUCCAUUCUCGAAUAACAGAGGAGUAGCAAUUUUACUUAGGCAAUCAAUCGGCUGUGAGACAAAAAUAAACUUUCGGCUCCUAAAAUUGAUGAAUCAAUCGCAUAUCCCAAUAACAUAAAAACAAUAAUGAGUUUUUGAGACCUCCCUGCGGGCGUUCUUAAAACAAAAAACACAAAUAGAAUAUGGCCCAUAUGAAAUAUUAAAGAGAAAUGCAGAUACAUAUGCUUUUUGUUGCAUUUUUUAAAAAACAACUAGAAUAACUUGGAAUGAAGACAUCCUGGGCAUUUCCAACUUUUUCCUAAUUCUUUUACACACCGGUAAAAGGAAAUAAAUACUCAAAAUAUAACAAAAGUGUUACA